AUGGCCGCAUGCGCUCGAGGCAGCGCAUGGCCCAUGGCACUCCGGUUCCUGCAGGCGACCUCGUCGUCAUCCACCGAAGCCGGCGAUGACAUCAGCUACACUUCAGCGAUCGAUGCAUGUGCCAAAGGCAGCGAGUGGGUGCGAGCUUUCGGCCUUUUUGCACAGAUGCUGAGACAAAGGAUCCCAGCUACUGCCGUAAGCUUCAAUGCCACGAUCACCGCGGCGGCAGAAGGUUUUGCCUGGCUACAUGCUCUGUUCUUGCUGGCUGAAAUACAGCGUUCUGGACUGCUGCCAACGCUUCCGAGCUUUUGUGCGGCCAUGACCGCAUGCGCCCGUGGCCAGGCAUGGGAGCAAGCUCUGAAUGUGUUGAAUGAGCUUUCCCUCCAUGAGCUUCAGCCAGAUGCUGUGGCCCUCGGUGCUGCGUGCUUCGCGUGUGAAUGCGGGUCCCAGUGGCGAGGUGCGCUGAGUCUGUUCGAUGCUGCUGGCGCUGCGCUGCAGGAUGCGGUGGUGACUACAGCAGCGAUAGCGGCGUGUGCUGAGGCCGGACAGUGGGAAGCAGCUCAGCAGCUCUGGGUGCAGAUGCACCGGACAGGCGUUCCUCCGACUGCAACGACCUACGAAGCCCUGGCCGCAGCAUACAGCCGCGCUCAUCGAUGGCAGGAAGUUCUGACACUGCAGGCUCACAUGCAAGAAGCCAGCUUGGCACCAAGCGCUGGUAUGCUCGUCAUCAUCGGCAGAGGCUUUGGGCAGUCUUUCCACUGGGCCAAGGCCUUGGCGCUUUUGGCAAAGUGUCAGGAAGCUUCUGUACGGGGCGCAGUCGCCGCAGAAUGUGCUCGCAGUGCCAUGUGGGCGCAUUCACUGGCUGGCAUGGCUUCCAUGCAGCGGAAACAGGUGCCCCUGGAUGCAGUGGCAUUCAGAUGUCUGACGUGUGCCUGUUCGAGAUCGCAGCAAUUGGGCAGGGCUUUGCCGCUUCUUUCUUCCAGUCAAGUCGGCAGGCCACUGCCGCCCUCGCCGCCUCCCUCAGCCAAAGCACGCGAGCACGAGCCUUCGGAUGGCGGACACAAGGCGAUGUGA